UUUUUUCUGACGGCAAUGUAGCCAUUUGGAGAGUUACCAUGAAGAUAGUGACGCUUCUACUGUUGUGUUUAUGUGCGACAGCUGUAGUUUCGGGCGGUGACGCCACCGAAACGGCGCUGACAGCCGCACCGGGCGACAUCGCGCUGCUUCCGUGUUACUCCGCCGGUAACGUGACACCGACUGUAACGACGUGGAUGAAAAAUGGACGAGAGGUCGUUAGAGGUGGCGAGGCUGCACCGGGGCCUCCUGCUCCAGCCGCCGGGCAGCGCCUCACGUUAACGCGGGACGGGAGCCUGAACAUCAACAGGGUGACACCUGGAGAUGAGGGCACCUACCUGUGCAGCUCCACGCUGCCGGGCAACAACACCUUUCAUGCACGUGCAGUGCUGCAAGUAGCCAGCGGUCCUGAUAAUGUAUCGGCGUCCGUGGGUCCGGCCACCGCCCUCGCCAACGGGACGCUCAUCGUGGUCCGGGGUUCCAGCGUGUCCUUUAACUGCUCCGGCUCCUCCUACCCCUCCCAGAACCUGACCUGGGCCUUCAGGGGAGCUUCGUCCAGCAACGAGUCUCUGGCGUCCUCCUCCGGCUCCUCGCUGCUGUUCACCUUAGAAGAGGUCCAGCCGAGCGCUCAGGGAGUUUACAGCUGCAGCGCCACCAACCCCGUCUCCAACCAGACGGUCAGCAAGAGCCAACAGCUGCUGGUCUACUACGUCCCAAACCAUCACCCUGAGUGUGUGUGGGCCCUAGCAGAGGACCCGUCCCACGUCCAGUUCAGCUGCAGCUGGUUGGGAGCGUACCCCGAGCCCACGCUGCGCUGGGGGGAGGACGAGGCCGACCCCGCACCUCGCUGGACGGGACACGUUUCAGCCGUGUCGGAGAGUCUGGGGGUGACGCUGAACCGCUCGCUGCUGUUCGACGGGCAGACGGUGAAGUGUGCGGCCAGGCACCAGGCGCUCGGUCCGGGGAAAGAGAAGUCCUGUUCCUUUACUCUCAAGUCUCCGUACCCUGAAGGCGACCCCCUGGUGACGGCUCUGGAGGCGACCAGCGUCACGCUGAGCUGCAGCGAGCUCAUGUCCGUCCCUACUGCUAACACCACGUGGAGGAGAGGGCUGCAGCAGGAGCUGAUAGUUCCCGGCUCCAAGUACGUCCUGACUGAGGAACCAGGCGUCUUUAAGCUGACCAUUCACAACGUCAGUAAGGACGACGAGGGCGUCUACUUCUGCCGCAGCGAGAACCCGCUCGCCGUCCGCGAGCUGGAAGUCUACCUCACUGUGAAGAAGUCCGCCACCUACACAGGAGCCAUCAUCGGCGUCUUUAUCGCCGUGCUCAUCGUGGGAUCGGCCGCAAUCGUAGCUAAAACCGUUUACUCCAGCCGACACAGGAUCUGCCUCGGAGAUGGCUUUGGGCCAAUGGAGGACAGAGGAGACGUGCUGAGUCUGGUGGAGUCAGACGACGAGCAGAUCUUCCAAGACACCGUCCCCCGGCUGCCUCCUGUAACCAACGGAAACCACACGACGCUCGUACAGAUACAUCGAAUCCCCUCGAGUGAUCAUGAGGAUAUAGAAACCACGGACACCAGCCCUCAGCAGCAGGAAGACACCGUUCAGACAGAAGAGCCAGCGGAUCUUGUAACAUUUUAGGUGUUGGGUGUUUUUAGAUUAUUUUUAGGUGAAUUUGCUGAAUUUACUCCCAGUGACAAUGUGAACAGAAUCGGUGGAAGAUGCAUGUAAGAAAAAAUUAUUAAUUUGAUAUUUUUUUAAAAACAGGGUAUUGAAUUUUUUUGUAAGCUUAUUUCUAAGAUUGAUUUCUUUGUACAGUGUUUUGAAUAUGUUGCUCUGAUGUUGAGAUUCCUGCAGUAAAUUAAGCUCUUUAAAAA